AUGGAAUCCAAAGCUCUGUUCUUCUCCUCCUUCUUCUUCUUCCUCCUCCUCGCCGCAUCUUCUCUUCCGGCGGGCUUCGCCGGCGGCGGCAGCGGCGGCGGCGGUAGUGACAGUGAAGUUUUGCUCAAGGAUGCUGAUUUGAUUGAUGAGCUUCCGAAUCAGCCUGAAGGUGUAGAGUUUCGUCAGUACUCAGGAUAUAUUGUUGCAGAGCCAGUAGUAAACCGGCGCUAUUUUUACUAUUUUGUGGAGGCUGAUGAUAUUCGACCGGUAUCCAAGCCUUUAAUGAUCUACAUUAGCUCCCAGAAAAUCGACGGUCCGGGCUCAUCUUUACUCUCAUGCUUCCAGCAAGUCGGUCCUUACCAUGUUGAGGAUGAUGGCCAGACUCUCAUCCCUAACCCAUAUUCAUGGAAUAAAUUUGCAAACAUUUUGUUCGUGGACGGACCGACGGGGGUGGGGUUUGCUUUCUCAGACGAUUACAACAAAGACAUGUAUGGAAGUCAAGAGUAUUGGAUUAUCUCCGAAAUGUACCAUUUCAUUUUGGAGUGGAUGAAGAGGUUCCCAGAGUAUAAGAAUAGCGACGUCUACAUCGCCGGGCAAACGUACAUUGGCAAAAUUGGCCCCGCUCUUGCCACCUACAUCCUCUACAAGAACUCCGUUCCUGGCAAUCCCCGUGUCAAUAUCGAAGGCGUUCUAUUGGGGAACCCUAGAAUGGACGAAGACUUGGAGUUCAUAACCAAAUUCGAGUCAACGUUCAGGAUGAAUUUAAUAUCUGAAGAAAUAAAUUAUGGGCGCAGGACACAUUGUGACCUGCGGCAUUAUGAUUUCUUUAAAUGCUGGGAGCCCACUGGGAAGGCGCAGUAUAGCUUGCUGUGUCUCUACCCCAAUAACGUGUACCAGCAGAUGUGCCCUAACAUUAACAUGGAUCGCGUCGGAUUGGACAAUUUUAAGUAUAUGGUGUACGACUGCGUUGACCAGAACGUGGCUGGGUAUCUCAACAUUCCCUGCUGAAAAAUAUAACUUCUUCAAUACCCUAUAUGAAGGCAGCAAUGACUGGAGGAGUCAGAAUUUUAAUUUACAGUGGAGUGCAGGAUGAGGAAGUAAUUAUCCCUAAUUUGACUGUCAUCAAGUGCAUGAAUUUGACCAUCUCAUCAGAGUGGAGGCCAUGGUUUGAUAAUAAUGUUCAGGUCGCCGGAUUCACCGAGUCCUACGUUGGAGGACUGACAUUUGCGACGGUCCGUGGCUCCGGACUUCUGGUCAUGGCAGACCAGCCUAAGAGGGGCUUCAUCAUAGCCAAGUCGUUCAUCACAAAUAGCAGCCUGCCCUUUUCCAAAAUUGCAUGAAUUCAUUACUUUCAUUUUAUGAGCUU